AUGGGUACGAGACUUCUGGCAAAUUUGAUAGUGGCGGGAAGUGGCGUCGUCUUCAGGGCUUUUUCUCAGGCAUAUCGGCAGGCGCUUACAAAUGCGUCAAAGACCGGGGCUGCGCAAGAAGCAGUGCAUAACAUUAAGAGAGGAAGCAAAGGGAUUGUAAUAAGCGAGCCAGAGGCAAGACAGAUUCUUGGUGUAACCGAGAAAUCAUCUUGGGACGAUGUUCUUAAGAAAUACGACAAGUUGUUCGAACGCAAUGCACAAAACGGAAGCUUCUAUCUCCAAUCGAAGGUCCACAGAGCUAAAGAAUGCUUAGAGGUUGCUUACCAGAAGAAAGCAGAUGGACCGACAACAAUCGCAUAA